AUGGUGGAGGCAGUGGUGCUGAUGAUGGUGAUAGAGGUAGUGAUAUUGGUGGCAGUGAUGCUGAUGAUGGUGAUGGAGGUAGUGAUGGGGGUGGGAGUGGUGCUGAUUGGUGCUGAUGAUAAUGGUGGAGGUAGUGGCAGUGGUGCUGAUGAUGGUGGUGGUGGAGGUAGUGAUGGAGGUGGCAGUGGGGCUGAUGAUGGUGGUGGAGGUAGUGAUUGGGGUGGCAGUGGUGCUGAUGAUGGUGGUAGUGAUGGGGGUGGGAGUGGUGCUGAUGUUGGUGAUGGACUUAGUGAUGGUGGUGGCAGUGGUGCUGAUGAUGGUGAUAGAGGUAGUGAUAUUGGUGGCAGUGAUGCUGAUGAUGGUGAUGGAGGUAGUGAUAUUGGUGGCAGUGAUGCUGAUGAUGGUGUGAGAGAGAAUACACAUACCGAUAGAGAAGACAGAAUGGACAUGGCGCUUUCUAAAGCGGUAAAGGAAGGCGAUCUUGUAAAGACAAGGUCUAUUCUAGAAGACGAGACAGGUGAUACCAAGCUAGUAAUGCUAUGCAGUGUGGAUCCCGAUGGAAAGACACCCCUUCAUAUCGCUUCAGAAAAAGGGCAUAUCGACCUCGUGAAAUAUAUGACUGAUUUGGGGGCGGAUCUAGAAAAACGAAGUAGAAGCGGCGACGCCCCUCUUCACUAUGCGUCUCGGAGAGGUCACCAGAUUGUUGCUCAAUAUCUCAUCGGUGAGGGAGCAGAUACCAAUAUUGGUGAUAGCAAUGGCUAUACACCUCUCUAUGUUGCUUCGGAGAAGGGCCAUUUUGGUGUUGUUGAAUGUCUGGUGGAUUCAGGAGCAGAUGUAAACAAAGUAUCAUGUGAUGACAACGACUCGCCCCUUCAUGCUGCAUCAAAAUAUGGUCAUCUGAACGUUGUAAAAUAUCUUAUCACUCACAGAGCAGAAAUAAAAUUAAAGGGAUGCGAAGGUAAAACUUCUCUUAGUACUGCGGCUUCAUGUGGUCAUCUUGAUGUAGUAAAAUACCUCUUAACUAAAGGUGCAGAUAUUAACAUGGGUGAUAACAACAAACACACACCCCUUUGCGCGGCAUCAAAAGAGGGUCAUCUUCAUGUUGUUGAAUGUCUAGUGAAUGCAGAAGCUGAUGUGAAUCGAGCAACUGAGCAAGGCAGGACACCUCUUCAUACGGCGUCACAAGCAGGUCAUGUAGACAUUGUAAAAUAUCUAAUUUCUCAAGGCUCGAACCCGAAUUCGCUUGAUAACAAUGGUGAAACACCCCUUUGCAUUGCCUCACAAAAGGGUCUUCUUCAUGUUGUUGAAUGUCUAGUGAAUUCAGAAGCUGAUGUGAAUCGAGCAACUGAGCAAUUGGGCAGAACACCUCUUCAUACGGCGUCAUAUGCAGGUCAUGUAGACAUUGUAAAAUAUCUAAUUUCUCAAGGAUCGAAUCCGAAUUCGUUUGAUAACGAUGGUUGUACACCCCUGUACUUUGCCUCUCAAGAGGGUCAUGUAGACAUGGUAAAAUAUCUAAUUUCUCAAGGCGCGAACCCGAAUUCGGUUGAUAACGAUGGUUAUACACCCCUGAACUUUGCCUCAUACAAGGGUCAUCUUCCUGUUGUUGAAUGUCUAGUGAAUGCAGAAGCUGAUGUGAAUCGAGCAACUGAGCAAGGCAGGACACCUCUUCAUACGGCGUCACAAGCAGGUCAUGUAGACAUUGUAAAAUAUCUAAUUUCUCAAGGCGCGAACCCGAAUUCGGUUGAUAACAAUGGUGAAACACCCCUUUGCAUUGCCUCACAAAAGGGUCAUCUUCAUGUUGUUGAAUGUCUAGUGAAUUCAGAAGCUGAUGUGAAUCGAGCAACUGAGCAAUUAGGAAGAACACCUCUUCAUACGGCGUCAUAUGCAGGUCAUGUAGACAUUGUAAAAUAUCUAAUUUCUCAAGGAGCGAAUCCGAAUUCGUUUGAUAACGAUGUGAAUGCAGAAGCUGAUGUGAAUCGAGCAACUGAGCAAGGCAGGACACCUCUUCAUACGGCGUCACAAGCAGGUCAUGUAGACAUUGUAAAAUAUCUAAUUUCUCAAGGCGCGAACCCGAAUUCGGUUGAUAACAAUGGAGCUGAUAUGAAGAGAGCAACGGAGCAAGGCCACAAGCCUCUUCAUAUGGCGUCAUAUGCAGGUCAUGUAGACAUUGUAAAAUAUCUAAUUUCUCAAGGCGCGAACCCGAAUUUGGUUGAUAACAAUGUUGAAACACCCCUGCACAUGGCGUCACACAAGGGCCAUCUUCAUGUUGUCGAAUGUCUAGUGAAUGCAGAAGCUAAUGUGAAGAUAGCAACUGACCAAUUACGCAGGACACCUCUUCAUAUGGCGUCAUAUGCAGGUCAUGUAGACAUUAGGGUCAUCUUCAUGUUGUUGAAUGUCUAG